GAUCCUGCGACACAGCCUGUGACAAUCAAAAUGCCUCUGGCAGUGACUCCGUGGAGUACACACCCUCACUUUGCAGUCCACAACAGAUUGAAUUUUGCGGGCGGAGUGCAGCAGGCAGCUUCAAGUUCAACAAUGACUGUUCGGCCGGUUGCUGUCACUAUCCUUUUGCCUCAGGGCAUGACUCCAAUGGGUCCAAUUGGUCAGGCUGCCGUGCCGUGUGUCAGACCAGAAUCUUUCUCACUGACAAUGAUGCCGAUCAAAUCAGAAUCAGAACCAACGCAGUAACUGUGGUCUUCAAGAAACGGCGCGAGGAAUUCCAUGUUGUGUACGUAUCAGACAAGCUUUGGACAUCGGACAGAAUCCUGCUUGAAGACACUGAGAAGUCCGGUGUCUUGCAACCAGUGCUGACAACACUGGGAAUUGAAUCGUUGAAGAAUGUUGCUUUGUCACUUUGCUAUGUCCUACAAAGGGACAGGCAAUCAGGAUGGUGGAUCAUGUGGUUGGCAGUGAUGAGCUCCAAAGGUGAUUCUGAGUCUGGUGAAGAGGUCGAACUGACUUUGCUUUUUCCACAGAGCAAAACAAAGGCUGCCUUUUGGAUGGAAGGGAUGCACAGCUACGUCCUCUCCGACUGGGAUCUCUGCUUGGGUGUCGACAAGGAGAUGUCUGUCACUGACGCUGGUGCCACUGAUGGCAGGACCGAAGAAAGUGCUGCUGAGUCCAGACGAGUGAUUUCGUUUCAGAUCGGGACGAAAAGAGCCUACGAAAAAGGAUACGCUUUCCAGUACGUGUUCAUGAAUGAGACGAAUGGCCGUCCGGACGAAAAGCUUCUCCUCGUAUAUGGCACGGAGGAUGGACUUCCGACUUGGAUAGCUUAUGAGGGAAAGUGGGAUGAAGAAACAUCAAAGUUCCACGUCAGGCAGGCGGUCUUUAGAACGAAAGACACGACUGUGACGACAGAGUCGGGACAACAUUCGUGGGAGAUGAACCAAGAGGCAUCCAAAAAGGCAGAGCCACCUUGCCCACCGCCAAAUUGGCAAGGGGCAUUGGGCUGCACGACGAAGAACGUAAUGCGCUCAGGUCCGUGUGUCAGUGAUUCAGCACCAGUGUCUGAUGAUCGACCGGGCAGACUGAUUCAAUCCGCCCCGUGUGUCAGUGAUUCAGCACCGGUGUCUGAUGAUCGACCGGGCAGAGUGAUUCAAUCAUCAUGGCGGGGAACCAAACGCACACAUCCCAAACCCGAAUCUGCUGAUUCACUGACGGCAGCCAAAAAAAUGGGAAAAAUGGUGGACAUGCACGUUGAGAGUCUGGGUGCAAAGCGAACUUCAGAAAUGUUGGCGUGCUGGUCAUUUUUUCCGUCUCCGCAUGCCCGGAAAGAGCAGGUGGGUUUUUUGACAGUUUUGUUGUCAGACAUUGUGGAGUUUGAAACAACCAUCAGGGAGGCAUUGAGUGCAAUUGAUUUGAGCCCAGUGUCACCAGCAGAUCCAACCAAGAUGCCUUCAGACAAAUGGCUGACAUCUUUGAGCAAGAGCAAACGUAUUAUUGAUUUAAAACUGUCUCUGUUGACACAACAGAAAUUGCUUGAAGAGUUUCUGCGCGAUUGUCAAUGGGUGAAUGCAUACAUUCAAAGCAGUCAAGUCAAUGUGAUGCAAACCAGGCGCCAUUUGCGGAGGUGUCCUGUGAAAGGUCAAGCUUUCGUCGACUGGUUCAAGCAACAAAGAAAUGCUUUUGACACUCAGGCUUUGAAAGAGUAUGGAUGGCUCAAGAUGAAUGCUUUUAUCGAUGGCUGCCUGCACGUCGUUCCAAGUUCAGGCCAACAGUUCCCAUUCACUGAUCACUUCAAAGGUGCAGUGGUCCUUGAGACCAUUGAUUUUUCAGUCAGUGAUUUGAGUAAAUUUGGGAAGGACGAUCCCAUUCCACAUGGACUUCUGCAAGUCACUGUCAUGCCUGCUCCACUGCAAAAAAAUUGCAAUCUGUUGCCGGAGCAACAAGUGGCACAAUUUGCAGAUCGGAUCGCGAACAUGCUGCAGAGUUUGGUCUUCUUCAUAGAGGCAUUGAGCGAGAAGAACGAAUGUGAUUCUGAGUCUGGUGAAGAGGUCGAACUGACUUUGCUUUUUCCACAGAGCAAAACAAAGGCUGCCUUUUGGAUGGAAGGGAUGCACAGCUACGUCCUCUCCGACUGGGAUCUCUGCUUGGGUGUCGACAAGGAGAUGUCUGUCACUGACGCUGGUGCCACUGAUGGCAGGACCGAAGAAAGUGCUGCUGAGUCCAGACGAGUGAUUUCGUUUCAGAUCGGGACGAAAAGAGCCUACGAAAAAGGCGCUGGGCUCAGAUUGAAUGAACUUGACUUACUUCUCCUCGUAUAUGGCACGGAGGAUGGACUUCCGACUUGGAUAGCUUAUGAGGGAAAGUGGGAUGAAGAAACAUCAAAGUUCCACGUCAGGCAGGCGGUCUUUAGAACGAAAGACACGACUGUGACGACAGAGUCGGGACAACAUUCGUGGGAGAUGAACCAAGAGGCAUCCAAAAAGGCAGAGCCACCUUGCCCACCGCCAAAUUGGCAAGGGGCAUUGGGCUGCACGACGAAGAACGUAAUGCGCUCAGGUCCGUGUGUCAGUGAUUCAGCACCAGUGUCUGAUGAUCGACCGAUUCAAUCCGCCCCGUGUGUCAGUGAUUCAGCACCAGUGUCUGAUGAUCGACCGGGCAGAGUGAUUCAAUCAUCAUGGCGGGGAACCAAACGCACACAUCCCAAACCCGAAUCUGCUGAUUCACUGACGGCAGCCAAAAAAAUGGGAAAAAUGGUGGACAUGCACGUUGAGAGUCUGGGUGCAAAGCGAACUUCAGAAAUGUUGGCGUGCUGGUCAUUUUUUCCGUCUCCGCAUGCCCGGAAAGAGCAGGUGGGUUUUUUGACAGUUUUGUUGUCAGACAUUGUGGAGUUUGAAACAACCAUCAGGGAGGCAUUGAGUGCAAUUGAUUUGAGCCCAGUGUCACCAGCAGAUCCAACCAAGAUGCCUUCAGACAAAUGGCUGACAUCUUUGAGCAAGAGCAAACGUAUUAUUGAUUUAAAACUGUCUCUGUUGACACAACAGAAAUUGCUUGAAGAGUUUCUGCGCGAUUGUCAAUGGGUGAAUGCAUACAUUCAAAGCAGUCAAGUCAAUGUGAUGCAAACCAGGCGCCAUUUGCGGAGGUGUCCUGUGAAAGGUCAAGCUUUCGUCGACUGGUUCAAGCAACAAAGAAAUGCUUUUGACACUCAGGCUUUGAAAGAGUAUGGAUGGCUCAAGAUGAAUGCUUUUAUCGAUGGCUGCCUGCACGUCGUUCCAAGUUCAGGCCAACAGUUCCCAUUCACUGAUCACUUCAAAGGUGCAGUGGUCCUUGAGACCAUUGAUUUUUCAGUCAGUGAUUUGAGUAAAUUUGGGAAGGACGAUCCCAUUCCACAUGGACUUCUGCAAGUCACUGUCAUGCCUGCUCCACUGCAAAAAAAUUGCAAUCUGUUGCCGGAGCAACAAGUGGCACAAUUUGCAGAUCGGAUCGCGAACAUGCUGCAGAGUUUGGUCUUCUUCAUAGAGGCAUUGAGCGAGAAGAACGAAUGUUUCCUCAAUCUGUGGGAAUUCCAUGUUGUGUACAUAUCAGACAAGCUUUGGACAUCGGACAGAAUCCUGCUUGAAGACACUGAGAAGUCCGGUGUCUUGCAACCAGUGCUGACAACACUGGGAAUUGAAUCGUUGAAGAAUGUUGCUUUGUCACUUUGCUAUGUCCUACAAAGGGACAGGCAAUCAGGAUGGUGGAUCAUGUGGUUGGCAGUGAUGAGCUCCAAAGGUGAUUCUGAGUCUGGUGAAGAGGUCGAACUGACUUUGCUUUUUCCACAGAGCAAAACAAAGGCUGCCUUUUGGAUGGAAGGGAUGCACAGCUACGUCCUCUCCGACUGGGAUCUCUGCUUGGGUGAUUCUGAUUCCACUUAUUCAUGGGUCAGCCAUGCCAACAUCAUCACUGAACUCGACAACGUCGACAAGGAGAUGUCUGUCACUGACGCUGGUGCCACUGAUGGCAGGACCGAAGAAAGUGCUGCUGAGUCCAGACGAGUGAUUUCGUUUCAGAUCGGGACGAAAAGAGCCUACGAAAAAGGAUACGCUUUCCAGUACGUGUUCAUGAAUGAGACGAAUGGAACACGGUCGGCCGGCCGACCGGGUCGGCCAACCGUGCACGGCCAGGAACACGGCCGGCCGGCCAACCGGGUCGGCCAACCGUGCACGGCCAGGAACACGGUCGGCCGGCCGCGGGUCGGCCAACCGUGCACGGCCAGGAACACGGUCGGCCGGCCAACCGGGUCGGCCAACCGUGCACGGCCAGGAACACGGCCGGCCGGCCAACCGGGUCGGCCAACCGUGCACGGCCAGGAACACGGUCGGCCGGCCAACCGGGUCGGCCAACCGUGUUCGGCCCCAACCGGGUCGGCCAACCGUGCACGGCUAGGAACACGGUCGGCCGUCCAACCGGGUCGGCGAACCGUGCACGGCCAGGAACACGGUCAGCCGGCCAACUGGGCCGGCCAACCGUGCACGGCCAGGAACACGGUCAGCCGGCCAACUGGGUCGGCCAACCGUGCACGGCCAGGAACACGGUCGGCCGUCCAACCGGGUCGGCGAACCGUGCACGGCCAGGAACACGGUCAGCCGGCCAAGUCAAUGGCUAUAGUUGGGGAGUUUGACCC